ACUCUACGGAGCGUACGUCACAGGUUGUUUUUUUUGCCGUGACUGAGAAAAGGGGGGCGGGGAGAAGGGGUAAAAAUUAGUCCAUUCCGAUGUGUGUGUUUUUUACGGGCAGCCAGGGAGAUGUUUAUGCAGCCAAAACCCUGAGGUAAAGUGAGAGCCGAGCAAUUCCGUGGGGAGGAGGUGGUGGCAGGGUUUCCUUCCAUCAGGGGGCAGCCGGUACAAUGGCGAGCUCGCCCAAUUAUUACCACCAGGAGCAUUUACUACUACGCCGACACUACAACAACAGAGGGGACAAUGAAAACAACAGACGCGCCGGAGAUACGGCUGCCAGGAGAAGGACGGUGACAACGGCGGUGACGACAGCAGCAGCAACAACAACAACAACGCCACACACGCCGUCGGUACCGCCACCGUCGUCGCCGGCGACAACGGUAAGAGGUGGACACGCGCCGGAGUCGGCGCCGCGCGACAGGCUCGCCGCCAGCAACAACAACACGGUUCGGCUCGAGCUCGGAGUUCAAGCGCCUCCGCCGCGUGAGGCAGCGGCGGCUUCGGCUUCCAAUGCGCGCGAGACGCUGGCGGCCGGCGGCGGCGGCGACGACGGCGGGGGCGCGCGGGAGCCGGUGGCCCCCAUGGCGCGAGCAGCGGCCGCCACCGCUACCACCUCCACCUCGACUACUAUGGACGGUUACGAGGACGUGAAAAAGCACGGUUACUUGAGGAAGCAGAAGCAUGGUCACAAGCGCUUUUUCGUACUGAAGGGCCAGAGCCACCUGGGUCCGGCUAGGCUGGAGUACUACGACAGCGAGAAGAAAUGGAGGAAUCGGUCGACCGCCCCGAAGAGAGUCAUCCCCCUCUAUCAGUGCUUCACGGUCAGUCGGAGAGCAGAUGCCAAAAACAAGUACCUGAUAGCCCUGUACACAAAAGAUGAAUACUUUGCCAUGGUGGCAGAGAACGACCAAGAACAAGAAAGCUGGUAUUUGGCCAUAAGUGAACUAAUGAAUGAGGGGAAGAAGACGGUUAUGGAUCCUGAUGAAGUGGAAGAAAACUAUGGCAAUUUUACUCCUGGCACUGUUUUUAAGGAAGUGUGGCAGAUUAACGUGAAGCCAAAAGGGUUAGGGCAGACUAAGAACCUGACUGGGGUGUACAGACUGUGUCUUUCCAGCAAGAUGAUCCAUUUUGUUAAAAUCAAUUCUGAUGUGCCUUCUGUGCAUUUGCAGUUGAUGAACAUCAGGAGGUGUGGCCAUUCUGAGAACUUCUUCUUUAUUGAGGUGGGGCGUUCUGCUUCAAUUGGCCCUGGUGAGUUGUGGAUGCAGGUGGAUGACUCCGUGGUAGCUCAAAACAUGCAUGAAACCAUUUUGGAGACAAUGAAAGCUUUGAAAGCUUUUGCUGAGUUUCGUCCCAGAAGUAAAAGCCAAUCCUCUGGGACUAAUCCCAUAUCAUUUUUGACUCGGAGACACCUUGGUAAUUUGCCACCUAGUCAGACUGGAUUGCAGAGGCGUUCUCGAACAGAGAGUGUGACUGGGACUUCUGCAUCCAAGAAUGAGGCGUACCGUUUUCGAACAUCUAGUGAAGGUGAAGGUACAAUGACAAGGCCAUUUGGGUCUGUAACUGGAAGUUUAAUCCACUUAAAUUCUGCAAGAAUGGGCUUAAGUAGGGGAGAUGGGGGUAGUAGGUAUGUAAAGCCACCAUUUGGCCCUUCAAACCAUAGUAGGUCAGUAUCUCUGCCAGUGACAUACCUACCAUCUACCACAAGUCCUGUAAGUGUUUCUUCCAGUAGCGGGCAUGGUUCAGCAUCUGAUCCCCUCACUCGUCCAUCAAGUUCAUCUAUUUGUGGUUCCCCAAGUGAUGGUGGGUUUAUUUCCUCUGAUGAAUAUGGAUCUAGUCCUGGGGACUUUAGGUACUUCCGUGUUCGGAGCAAUACACCAGAUUCACUUGGUAAUACACCACCAAUUCAAGAAGAAAGUUGUUUGUGUGAUUACAUCUCAAUGGACAGACAUAUUAAUGCUGUAAAUCCUGAAAGCAGAGUACGAGAUGACUACAUGAUUGCUGAAAAAGGAUACAGAAAGAGGACCCAUUCUCUAACCACCCCUGGUGCAGUGAUAAUGCAUCAAAAGACUACACAGACAACUUCAUCUUUGGAAGAGUCUAAUGUUGAUUCAAACUAUGGGGGUAUUGGUAAUCAGCUGUCAUGUUCUGCAUCACCAAAGUUGACCUGUAAUCCUUACCAUGGAGAUUAUAGUGAUGUUGAGAUUGGGUCAUCAGUUAACCAAAGCCAAAAUAGACAAAGAGAUGAUGGUUAUAUGCCAAUGAUGCCUGGAGUUGCAUCUGCCAGCCAUAAUAGAAAUCAUGAUUAUAUGCCAAUGAAUUUUAAAAGCAUGUCUGCUCCAAAACAAAUUAUUUCUUUGCCGAUAAGUCAAAUGGACUCCAGGGGAUACAUGGUGAUGUCCCCGAAUGAUAGCAGCUCUCCAGUGCGAAGCAUGUUUACAGAAUAUAGUUCCAAACUAGUGAGCAGCAACAAUGAAAAGUUAUCAAAUAGUGACUAUAUGGAUAUGUCCCAAAGAAAUCUAAAUACACGGAAAUUAUCGAGUGAUGUUUUCUAUAAUCACAAUAGCCCUGAAUCUCAAAAGUCUUACAGCUCGUAUUAUUCACUGCCUCGAUCAUUCAAAACUCCUUCACAAGAAAACGGUGAGCAUGAUGAAUAUGUUCCUAUGUGUUCACCAGGAAGGUUGAUGUAUGGGGAGGCAUCAUUGUUUACUGGCAGUAUUACCAACAGUGGUUUAAUUCAUGAAACAUCGCAUUCUCCAAGGACACUUGGCCAAGGUGAUCGUGUUGUACAGAAAGGCAGGGUUGAAAGACCUACAAGAUUAUCACUGGGCAUGCCGGAAGUAAACAGUUUACCACGACUGUUUGAGCAAAGUUUGCCACCUGAGCCAAAAAGUCCAGGAGAAUAUAUUAAUAUUGCUUUUAGUGAGAAAACUAGUAAUACGCCGUACUCGCUUUCAGCGGAAGGAUCCCCUUCAUCUCUUGGCUCCAGCAGUGAGCAUCGACGCUCCCCGUUGUCAGACUACAUGAGUGUCGAUUUGGAUGUACAGUCGCCAAAACCAGCUACUCUUUCCUCAAAUUCUUUGACUGGUAUGCCCAUUGUUUCAAGUUCAAGUGUAACUAGAAGCCAGCCAAAUGAUGCCUACAUCAGUGUUCCUCUGGGUGCUGCUUGUGUCAACACACCUGCAGAGGUAGAUGAUUACACAGAAAUGACUUUUAAUUUGGCGGUAACAGCCACUCCUUCUGCUUCGCCAAAACCUGACAGUGCAGAGUUGGCUAGUCCUACUGACAUUGUAAAGCGAUUGUGUAUUAUUGAUCAGUAUCCUAGUAUAAAUACCUUUCCUGUCCUCAAUCCUCCCCCUGAUGCCAAUCAUGGUCCAAAGGUGAUCCGUGCUGACCCACAAGGAAGAAGACGCCACAGUUCGGAGACAUUCUCCUCAACACCCUCAGUAGCAUCCUCGUCUCCUUUUUUUGCUGAUGGGAGUAAAAGGCACAGCUCUGCUUCAUUUGAUAAUGUUUGGCUUAAACAAAAUGAUGUCAGUGAUGAACACAGAAGUACCAUGUGCAGGAAUACAUCUGCAGGAUUUCAGAAUGGAUUGAACUAUAUUGCUUUGGACUUGAGGGAGGAUCACGGAUGUUGUGAACCGAAUGGAGGUGUGCAGGCUUCAGAUCGACCCCACGUCGCCAGCAGAAUAGAUUCUGGAGGCUAUGCCAGCAUAGAUUUUACCAAAUCUGAUGGGUUGAAGUAUACCUCUACAUCUGAAGAUUAAGUACACCAACAUGAUUAAAAUCCAUGUCAACAGAGGAAAGGAUUGAAUGUACCUUUUCCCAUGGUACUUACCAUGCAAUUGUACAACCUGCUAGAUGGAACUGGUACUGUCUGAAGCAGUCAAACUUUGCAAGAAUACACACAUACCUGCUAUUUUCCCAUGAACAAGGUUGGGAAAUGUCAACACAUGAAUCUCAACAGGACAAGGACAACAAAUUGCUGCCUUUUUGGUACUUCCUUCAACAAAAAGACACUCUUCCUACAAGUUUCAGCUCAGCAAAAAAGAAAAAAAAAAGAGCCAUAGCUAAUGUGAACCUAUUUACUGAAACUUUUUAAAUCCAUUUGAAUGUUAAUGAAGUAGUUAAAUGUUCACCAUUUUUGCAAAACAUUUCACAAAUAUGUUAAAAAAUCUUUUUAUUGGUGUUCCCCGGUUCAGGCACUAAUGGGCUUUCUUUGACUAGUGCCGUGUGGAGUUUAAAAAGAAAACAAAAAUGAUUUGUAAGAAACAUUACAAUCAUUUGUAGAACAUAAUGCAUGUUCUGUGGGGAUAUUUAAGAUUGUUCUGUUUUACUAUGCACCCAGAUAUGUUAUUUUGAAAGGGUAGCAAUUUUGGGAAAAAUAAUUCUUACAAAGGACUAACAAGUUUUUUAGAUCACUUGUUUAAGUUUCACACCUUUGGAAAAUCAAGAAAGUGUAGUUCAGCAGAUCCCUCAGCUUCUCAGACCAGCUGUAUAUAGUUCAUUGCUUUCUUCUUUUUUAACUUGUGCUGUUUAAAGGCAGUCAUGUUGGAAAUCUUCUGUGGCCUUGAGCCAAGUAGGCCAAAUUAUUAAACCUCGUGAAUGUAGCAUAGGUUGACACAAAGUUCAGACUUUUGUGGGCAAGCUAUCUACUGUGUCAGGUCAAACAAAGAAAAUAUUUGUAAACCCAUUGAAAAGUUUAUUUUAUCAGGUAUUUGAUAUGUUCACAAUGUCAGUUAUGCCUAAACUUUGCUAAGACACUUUUCCUGUUUAAAAGCUGCUUUAUUUCACUUUUUAAAUCUAUAGUGUUGUUGAUGGCUUUUGAUCUGCAUAUGCAUUAUGUCAAUGCAAAUGAAAAUCCACUGUCAGUAUCUCUGACAGAAUUAUCCAUUCAGGAAUGUGCAGAUUGCAUUCUCCCUAAAGGCUUAUCAAGGUGCAUGAUUUUAAAAAGUAGACAUUGACAUUUACAGUUUUCCUCCUUGCUGUUCUCUGGGUUUGUUAAAAUUUUUGUGACACUGCCUUUGUAAUAACACAUAUCUUCACAUCCUCUUCUACACAGCUGCGGAGGGAAUGAUGCCAAAUAUAGUCAUCAAAAGUGAUUUUUCUUUUCUGUCCCUUGAUCUAAUCUACUUGCUGUACGGUUUGUGUUUAAUUUGGCUAGUGAGUGUGAUUUUUGUCUCUGCCUCCCAACAAAUUUUUUUUGUCCAAACCAUAGCAAGGAGCAUUUGUUUUCCUGUGGGUACAGUUUUGGACAGCUUAAGCUGAGGUUUCCCCCCCAUUUUAUAUUGAACAGAAAAACGUGAAAAGGCUUAAAUGAUUUUUAAAAUGUUUGUAUUUUGUGUUAAAGAAUGUAGCUUUAAUUACUGGUAUGUGAUGGACUAUAUUUAUUCUGGGUUAGAAGGGUUAAUUUUGGUUCCAAACUUUAUUGCAGUCAGAAGUACUGUUUAAGAAAUCUCACAAGCAGUACUUUCAAUAAAGGGUAUAAUUGAAAAGGAACUUCAGUCUACCCUGUAACAUUAGUCAUAAGAGUUAUGGACAAUACAAAUGUGCCACACCUUAAAAUGGGGAUUCAAAGAUACUGGAUGCAACCCUGAUUGUUGUAACAUUUAUUAUCAGGUUUGUGGAAUUUAUUGAGUGGUUCACUAAAGUUUACUGCAGAUUUUCCCCUAUUGCACAUUUUGCUGAACAAUUAAGAUGGUGUUUAUUAUUUAUGGUACCAACAGUUUUGUGGACCGUAGUACUACCCUUCAACAGUGUUAAUCUAGUAGAAGAUGUGACGAAUGCUGGCUGCGUCUAAGUAAUCAGUGAUAUUCUCACUUUACAAAUUGCACCAAACUACUGGAUUUAGUAUUCAGUUCAACUGGCCUAUCUGUCUUUCAUAAAUUCUUAGAUUGUACUUUAAAAAUCAUCAAUUUUCUGUUGUUUCUGAAAAACAAAACAAAAGGUCUUUAUUAAAUCCGACUAAUCUAAGCUGUCAGAAUAUGAAGGUGUACAAGUUUGUCUUUGGUUGCUAGUGCUAAAUAGACACUAAAUAUUUUUUGCCCAUUGUAAAUGUUAUUUAGUUCGCAUUAAAGCAAGUAGCUCCUAUUUGAUACCUUUGAUCAAAGAACAAUUUCAUACCCAUGGUUUCACUAAUGGGAUAAGUCUGAAUAAACACUAAAGCAUUGUCUUUGUCCAGUUGAAGGUGAUUGCAUUGAAUUUUUUUAUCAUUAGGUAUUUUUUAAUUUACCACAGUGUAUGGGCAGGAGAAUGGGUGGUUGGCUAUCUUGCACAGGGCAACAGAGUCAGUCAUGCUUCGUUUUUUUGUUUUAUUCUUCUAUUGUAUACUUGCCCAUCUAGUUGAACUGGGAAGUUUUGAGUGUCUGGAAACCACUGGUGCCUGGUUUCCACUAGAACUAUGAAAUGGAAUCUGUGGAAUUGUUUGGUCUCCUUUUUGUGCUCACUGUUGUGCACAGAACAUGUUUAUACCAGUUUGCUUGACCCUUUGUCCUAAGAAAAGUAUAUGGAAAUGAGGGAGUUAUUAUUUUAAAAUUUUUCGGGUAAGGUUUUGAAUGAUAGGCAUAACGUAAGUUAGGAAAUCAUCCAGUUAAUUUCUUCCCUUAUUACAGUUUUGUGCUGAAUUGGAAAGUAAGGGAUUUAGCUUCCUAUAUAUUAACUCAAGUGAUUAAUUAUCUGAGAUUCACUAUAUUGGACAGUACUUCAGAAUGCAUUAAAUAGUUCAGAAUGAGAUCUAUCCUGCUUAAGAAUUGCAUCUAAAUAACAACUAAAAUAAAUUGGCUGCCUCAGAGAGUCAAAUUUGAGAUGGAUUUAUUAAUGCAAUAUAAAUCAUGUGCCCCCUCACCCCACCCCAUUCAUGAGCUCUCCUUUUGCAUUAGAUGUAGUAUGUUCUGUUUGGAAGAGUGGUUAAAAAAGUAGAUCAAUUAUCACCUGCACUUUAUUUUUCAGUAGGUAUUAUAACCUUUAGUUAAAAGUAAGCAAGUUUUAAAGUUGGAGUGAGGCAGCUUCUGGGAUGAAUGAUGUCUUUAUUAUAUGCAUUGGUGUAUUUUCACCUCUUGCUACACUCUCCCUCCCGUACUCUCCCCCAACAGCUUUUCUAAAAUUUAAUUUCAUUUAAUUGAAACUGGCAAGACAAAGUGAUCUAAGCCAAAAUGUAAAAAAAAUGCUGGAAUGACUGGGCCAGGUCAGGCAGCAGUGACUUAAACCAAGGUGGGAUGUAUUUUCAGCAUUAAUUUCCUAAUAUUGAUCUUUUUCUCAACUGAUCAUUACCAAUUACACCAUUUACGAGCAGCAAUAGUGAAAUGGUCUGAAAGCAUAUUGAUUGUAAUGAUUUCUCCAUUAGAAACCUCAACACAUUAAUCUCCAUGGUUGUGUCAUUCAGCUUGUCCACACCAUUAUUUUAAUUUCACAAUAGAGGAAAUGGAAAAGAGCAAAAAUAAGUAAAAAUAUCAGUUUAAAACAAAGCUAGCAAAGAAAUAAAAGAGCUGGAAAUUUGACUCUGAUGUUGACAUAAAGCAUGAAUUUUGUUUCCAGCUGCAGUUGAUGAAGUUAAAUAUUGGGUGUUGUGCAUAACAGGAAUAAUGGGAUGUUGCCCAUUUUGUGCUACCACCAGUGUCUAAUUUCUUUCCUCAAUGGAUUCAUCUUGAGGUCAACCAGACACAACAAUUUGCACAUUCUAGCACCUGCCUUUUCCUGUAAACCUCAAUGAGUUGCAAGGAAUGUUCUAAUAAAGGUGAUGUGCAUUGGUAAAUAUAUACAAAUGUGAACCACAUUUACUUGAGCAUUCUGAUGGCAUCCAAAUGAAAGAGGAAUUUCAAUGAUUAACGGUAAUAUCCUAACAUUUGUUUACUUAAACUCCUGGCUGCUUACGAUGUUUGUAUUGAGCUGUGUGAUGAACUGCAUGGCAUAAGUAAAAGGUGAUAUAGGUGGUUACAAUAAUUAUGAAGUGCGAAAAAAGUUGCCUUUUGCAACAGUUGGUUGUGUUAUCUGGUUUUCGAUUGCUGCUAAAUUUAGAUUUUUAUGCUAUUGGUACAAUAACUGCUACUUGACCUGUACUAAGGUAAUGCUAUUCUACAGCUUGUUCUAAUGACUGCAGAUUGCACCACUGGUAGUAAAGGUAUGUGCUGACGUUGGACCACAGGUGGUACUAUGUGGAAUAUAAUAGUAAGGUACAAAUUUUAGUUACUGACCCAUCCCAAUGAGAAUUACGUGGUUCAGUGAUAAUUAUAAACACCAGAUACUGCAUGAAUAUGUAAUUAUAGAGCUAGGAAUACCAUUCUGUUAAGAGAUCUAUACCAACAAAAAAUUGGGGGGAGGGAUAGGGUUGGGGUUUUUUUGGGAUUCACAAAUGCACAUCUAUUGUAAGACCACUAUAGUUCUUAGGGGAUUAACUAUCCUAUGUAGUUUCCUGAAUUUAGUAUAGCUAGAGAUAAUAUUCUAGUACCAAAGGGUACUGAAUGAAAAAAUGUAGUAGAUCUAAUUGGGCUGGUACAUUUUGGUACUAAUAGGGUUUUUAGAUUUUUUUGAAUAGUUAAGACAGUCAACAUGUGCUGAGAAAGGAAUACCAGGAUCAUCAUGCAGUUUAGUUAACAAAUCAAAUAUUUAGGUCCUGAAGGUUAUCGGUGCAAGAAACUGAGCACUGGCAACUUGUGUGCUGAUUUUAUACAGUAACCUCAAAAGCCAACUUAUGGCCAAAUAGGUAUGGCAUAUACAGUAUGCAAUGUUUUUCCUCAGUCUAUAUAGCUUAGAGUUAAAUAAAUUAUUCAGUAUUGUGCUGGAAAGCUAAUUCCGGAUAAAGAUUUACAUAUCACUUGGUAGGUACUGAAAAAAAUUGUUAGUGGUAGAAAGCAACAUAAGAGCAAAUGAGAGAAGGUACCUGCUUCCACUUCAGGGGAAAAAAGCAGAAUGAUGAAGUUACAAAUUCAGGGUCAACAGGAUAUGUUAACUAUUUUUCUCAGUAUAUUGGUCAGUACCUAUAAUUUCUGUCCAUCAAAAGACCCUUGCCAUGUUUUUUGUAUGUAAUUGGACUUUGCACAAAUUGUAAAAAAGUUGAGAAUGGUAUGCAUUAAGUACAGUUAAAUCAAUGUUUAAAAAUAAUAAUGGCUAGUUCUAUAACUUGGUAAAGGAAUGCCUUAAUUUGAAUAUUGAUUAUAAACUAAAGAGAGGAAGGGAGAAUUGGUUUGGAUGGUUUACACUACACUUACGCAGGUACCUUCCCUCAUCUCAUACAUGCAAAAUAAAAGUUGCAUCUUCCAGACAAUAGUAUGCUGCUGUAUAAUAGUAAAAAACAAAGAUGGAGCAAUUGUAUUCCUUUUGUAAAUUAAUUUGACAAAUGGACAUAGUUUUUCUUUUGGCUGUACAGAAAAGCAGAGGGUUGAUACUCUAUAUAUUGCUAUUCCUGCACCACACACAACAGAAGGUUAAAAAUAUCUAACUUUAUCUUGCUGUGUCUUCCACUGUAAAUAUUGUUUAGCAUUUUAAUGUUAAUCCACCAUGUCUGUGAAUGGGAGACUGGCUUAGAGUUCUGUAUAGUGUUUAUAUUUAUCGCAAAUGCUUUCCAUAGAGCUACAUGCAAUAAAAUUGUG